AUGGCCGGCGCCGACAUCUGCGGCUUCCAGGGUGACACCAACCCCGAGCUCUGCGCACGGUGGAUCAGUGCCGGGGCCUUCUACACCUUCACGCGGAAUCACAACACAUACGGCGCCGCCCCCCAGGAGCUGUACCGCUGGCCCGAUGUCGCCAACGCGGCGCGCGCCGCCCUGCGGCUGCGGUACCGCCUGCUGCCCUACCUCUACUCCUCACACUACGGGGCGGCAGUGUGGGGCGGCAGCGUGGCCAAGCCGCUGUUCUUCGCCGACCCGGGCGACCGUGCCGCGCACGACGCAUCCUCCCAAUGGCUGCUCGGCUGGUCCCUCCUAGUCAGCCCGUCCCUGUCCCCCAGCUCGAACGCUGUCCAGGCCUACUUCCCGGUGGGAAGAUGGUACCCCCUGGAGGACCUCCUCGCGGCGUCACCAGGCGUCACCGGCGGCGGCGGUGACGCCGGGAACAUCACGGUGGUCGGCCCGGCCAGGCAGGAGGCGGCCGCCCCGCUGGAGGCCGCGCCGCCGCUGCACGUCCGCGGCGGCGGGGUCGUACCGCUGCAGCGCCACGCGCCGACCACGCGCGCCGCGCGGCGCACGCCCGCGACGCUCGCGCUCGCGCUGCAGCGGCCGGCGCCGGAGCGCGGCUCGGGCGCGGCGCGGCGCGCGUGGGACGAGGGCGUGCCGCCCUACUGCUCCGGCCGGGUGACGGCGCGGCGGUUGCCGGGCGGGGCGCUGGCCGCGUGCGGGAUUUGGUACCUCGACGAUGGCGAGUCGCCCGAGGUUACAGGGCCGGGGAGCGUGCUGAUCUGGUACACCUCCGUCGCAUCCUCGGACGGCUCGAGCGGCGAUCUGACUGCCGAGGCCGCGCGCCCGACGCCGGCCGCCGCUGCGGCUGCGGCGGCGGCGCGGGCUGCGACUGGCAUCAGCGGGAAGCCGGCGCCAACGGGGGCGGCGCCCAGGGACGCGGCGGAGGGGUUGACGUACGAGGCUGUCGUCAUCGCCGGGCUGCCGCCGCUGACGGGUGACGGGAAUCAGGACGGCACCGAUGACGACAGUAGUGACGGGGACACGGAGGAGGGCAACGACGGCGGCGGCGGUGAGGGCGACCCGGGGGGCGGCGGUGACGAGGCGGCCGGGGCGGCGCCGGAGGGGGAUGGUGAGGACGGGGGCGACGGCGGCGCCGCCGCGACAAACGCCACGGCGGCAGCGGCCCCGGCAGGGGGCGCGGCCCAACAACCGGAUGCAGCCGGCGCGACCUAUUCGGUGGCCAUCGGCAACGCCACCGGGCCCCUGGCGCCCGUGGACCCACAAUCUGUGAAUUGGGACGCCGGCCGCGGGGUUCUGCGGAUCUCAGGGUUGCAGCUGCCCGUGGGGGCAGGGUUCAGGCUCACCUGGCAGCCGGCCAUGCCGCCGCCCGGCGCCGCACCGCCCGCCGUUGCGCCCUCUGCCGCCCCGCCCUCUGCUGCCCCGCCCUCUCCUGCCCUGCCCUCUGCUGCCCCGCCCUCGGCCGCCGGGCCCCGGCGCGCCGCGCCGGCGAUGGCUUAA